ACGUACCUUAAGUGCCUAAACAUGCAAAAUUCUGUGAAACAGUGCAAACGGUGCAUCUCUAUCUCUUUUUUUUUCUGCAGCCAGAGUUUAAAAUGUUAAUGAGCUGUCAUUAUUUGCAGCCAGACUUGUUUUGCAGCUAUACCAGGCUCUGAUCUGAUGAUUUAGUUUCCAUGGCACUUAUUGCUAUGGCAAUUGGUUUUGGUGCAUUUGGGAAUAUGUGAAAUUAAAACUAGCACUAGACCAUUUCUGAACCUUUCUGAAACCUUUCUGAAAUUUCUGAAGCUGCUUCCGUUGGCAUCUGUAUUACUGCAUCAAUGAGCCCAUGACAUCAUGACAUCUCCACUAACAUCUGUUAUGUGUUAGUACAGUUUGAGCUUUCAAAACAUCUUCUCCAGUCUGUUCUCUCUGUCAGGCAUCUGUGCGUCAGCAAGGGAGUGACAGUUAGACCUGUUCGUCACAGGAAACUACAAGUAUCUAGUAAAUAAAGCUGCCUGCCUCAGUGUGCAAUGCUAAAACACUGACACGACCACAGCAGCAUCCCGCAGUGACACAUCACCUGAAACUGAGCUCAACUUCUCAGCUCCUCAAGAAAACAAGCCUCUGAUCUUUACAGAAAUCACUCCAAAUAGUUUUCUAACUUGGCUAUCUGAGUUUUCAGGCUGUUGCACGUUCAUAAGCAGAUGUGCAGUUAAGGAUUGUGCUCACGAAUAAGGAUCGUCAUCAUUGCUAGCCUGAGGACCAUGAGAUUGUGGUUCCUAUCAGCACUGUGUGCCUGAAAACUCCAGAGCAGUCGGCCAUGGGUAGUCGGCCCAGUAAAGACCGGCGUGGAUCCAGCGCACAUGCUGUUCUCUUGGACACGGAGGAAAGCACCAUGGACAGCGGUAGAUUCGUGGUGGUGUCCCUGUACGACUAUCCAUCCAGAGGUCCAGGUGACUGCACAAUCAGAGUGGGAGAGAGGCUCAACAUUUUGUCAGAUGAGGGAGAGUGGUGGAAAGUCAGUUCAUCAGCCACAGGAAAUGAGAGCUACAUCCCCAGCAAUUACACCGCCAAAGUGUACAACAGGUGGCAGUUUGUGGGUCUCAGCAAACAGAAAGCAGAGGAACUGCUGAUGCUCCCUCAUAAUCACGCCGGAUCCUUCCUUAUAAGAGAGAGCGAGACCUACCCAGGUAGCCACACUCUGUCAGUGCGUAGGAGCAGCUCGCAUGAAUGCGCUUCUGUCAAACACUACCGUAUCAGCUGCAUCGAGAACGGCUGGGUCUACAUCUCUCCUGGACUCACCUUCAGGACCCUCUCAGACCUGGUUGCACACUAUUCAGAAGUAUCGGACGGGCUGUGCUGUACUCUGGGGGAGCCAUGCUACAUCAUUGGAUCCAACAACGUUCCUGUGGUAACCGGCCCGCCUCCGGUUGCCGUGAAGAGGCCUACUAUAAACUGGAAAGAUGUGGACAGCUCCAUGAUCUUCGGGCAGAGAAAAGACGGUGCAGAGGACUCCAUAGUGAGCGAAGGCCUGAAGGAGGCCAUUAACUCGUACCUCUACAUGACGGAGGAAUGUGAGGACUGCUCUCAGCUCUGGGACACAUGAUUGGAAGACUGACGUGAAACUUGAAUGACUUUGUACUCUUGAUGCCGUGAUAUGGGAUAAAACACUUUACAGAAACCUAGAAACUCAUUUUUCGUGACCCAGACGCGGGAAAUUAACCAAAAACGCAUCUAAGCGUCUUUUUUCAUUCGUGAAUUUCUGCGUAAAAACUGUUCAAGUACGAAUGCGGCGUCGGAUGAAGUUCGCGGACACGCGCACUGACUCAUUGCUGUUCUUCCAGAGUGGGUGCUGGAGACAAAGAUGUCAGUUUCCUGUGUGGACGCGCUCCUGGUGGACAUGAAAGAGAAAACGACUGAAGGAAAGAACGACAGAGGGGUGUGUGAGUGGGAGGGGGAACACAGCUGGGUGGCGUACGCAUCCAUUUCCACUCCACUCACACUUUCUGGAACUUUAUCAGUGUCGUGCUUAUUACAAAUGUGAUCACAAUCAGAGAAUGAAAGAAGAAUAUUAAUGGUACCAGAGUUUGAUGUCAUUUUUUGUUGAAAAUGCCGAACAAAAUACGUAUUUAUGACUUAGAACAUAAAUGUUGUGUAACUUUGUAAAUGUAUACUGUUGCUUAAAGAGAUAAAGACCCGAAAUGAAAACGGUCAUUCCAAACCUGUUCGAGUUUCUUCUGUGGAACACAAAAGAUGAUCUUGUGAAGAAAGUUGAUAACCAAACAGUUUCAGUUCCCAUUGACUUUAAUUGUAUGGUUAAAAAAAGUCAAUGGGAAUCGCAAUAGUUUGGUUAUCAACAUUCUUUAAAAGCUCUUCUUUUGUGUUCAAAGUCAUACAGGUAUGGAGCAACAUUAAGGUGAGAAAAAUCACAAUUAUUAUUUUUGGGUUAACUGUCCCUUGUGACUUAUGGACAUCAGUUAUGUUCUUUUAAAUAAACUCGAGAGAAAAAACAAGAUCAUCUUUGUAUUUGUAGAAGCUGACAAAAGCAUCUUGAUUGAGGCGUUUCCUGUCUUUGCACCUAUUGUUUAGAAAAGAACCACAGUCUUGAGCAGCAGGAAGCGAAGGGUUGCAUGUGGUCUGCUCUCAGUGUGCAGACGGAAUAGUUAUACCUGUUAUGUUCUUAAGCAACCUUAGUGUAGUACUGAGUCUCGAAAAUAAAUGACUUUAGAUAUUAAAAACGAGAGUUGAUUUGAGAAGUUCAAGGAUUUCUAUCCGUUACAUCAAACCACAGUUUCUCCUCCACGCAAC